CACUUCCGGCAUGCGACCCGCCCCUCCGAAUGCGGAUUGACGCUGUCAGAGCGUUUACGGCCGUGCUGCCGCAAAGCGCUGGAGCGCGGCGGUCCGAGCGCCUUGUUUUCCGGAUCUCUGGGCUGCAGGUGGUGAAGUAUGUAUAAGAGUGGAUUAAUUCCAUGUUAAAUGAAAAUGGCUAAUUCUUUGCGAGGAGAAGUACUGGCUCUUUACAAAAAUCUGCUGUAUCUUGGACGGGACUAUCCAAAAGGAGCAGACUAUUUUAAAAGGCGUUUGAAGAAUGCUUUCCUUAAAAACAAGGAUGUGAAGGACCCAGAGAAGAUCAAAGAGCUUAUUGCACGAGGAGAAUUUGUAAUGAAGGAGCUAGAGGCCUUAUACUUCCUUAGAAAAUACAGAGCUAUGAAGCAACGUUACUAUUCAGAUACCAACAACUAACCAACCGUUGCUGCCAACACCUGGCUGACAGUCAGCGCCAGCAUUUGUGUGUACCAACUAUUAUAAAAUGAUUCCAUUUAUACAAUACAUGUUUAAAAACCCAGAGGUGCCCUCAUGUACUAAAAUGUGUCAGCCUCAUCAAUACUUAGUUCUACUCAUAAUCCUUCAUGCUCAAAUUUUAUUAACACGGCAGCACCUUUCUAAGUUUAGCACCUUUCAUGAGAAUACAAUUUUUCAAGAAAAUAUACCUAAUUUUCUAAUGUUAUAGCAAAUUAUUCUUAGUCAAUUUCUGCAUUUACUAAUGAGACUAUCAUCAGCAAAUAGUGUCUAACAAGUAUAUUACCCUUUAGCUUGUGAGCAUUUGUGAUUUCCCAUCUAGUAUACAGAAGUACAUAUUCAGGGCUGUCUACAAACCCCUACUCAAAAUGAUUUGAAUGCAGUUAUCAAAAUAAGACAUAUCAAGGUGACUUUGAGCUUGAGGAUGCUCAGCAGGUGACCGGCAUUAUGCAGACAUUAUUUCCAUUAUUUGUGCUGCUAUCUCCCCUUGAGCCCCAAAUCCCCUGUCCAGCUUGGACUAGCUUUCAUGAGGAGUGGUAAGGCUCCUGUUUUCACCAUCAAAGCAAGUACACUUUUUUUUUUUAUCUGUAACCUUGCUAGUGUGGAGUGAGCCUACCUGGACAGGACACAUGUUUAAGCAAACACUUUAACGUUUAUAUAAUAAUCUUAGCAACUUUAUAAAUAAAGAACUUUCCAAAUUAAAGUGGCAAAAAGUGUCUGCUUAAAGGAGUCCAUAUCAGCUACCUGGCAGAUGUUCCAAUUUCCCAUCAAGAAACACCCACAGUCAGGCCUGAGGUGUAGCUCAGUAUGGAGUGCUUGCCUAACAAACAUUGAGACUGGACUUGAACCUCAGCCACAAUAAGAAAUAAGUGAUUACACACUUUAUAGUCACCAUAACUAUUUUUAUUACAUUACAAUGAUUAGGAGCAGUACAGUUCAUGACAAAAAUAUUACAAAUUUCAGAUCACUUCACAGCACAUACUCCUAUAAACAUUUAAAAGUUAAUUUUAAUUAAAAGAGUGGUCAUUUUUAAAUUUAAUGUUUGAUAUGACCAACAUUCCCUAGAUCAGCACAACCAAAGGAUGAAAAACAACUGGAUCACACUGCAUAUGUCCCACACACACCAAAAAAAGAAAAAAAGAAAAAAAAGAGAAAAGAAAAGCACAAUGUACAAAAUGUGCAUGUUUCAGUUUACACUAUACAAAAAUAGUUAAAAUACAUUCCAGGUAAACAUGUUACAUUAAGAAAUAGCACUAGUAAGAAAUUGGCACUCAAAUAAAAAUGCAGAAGUGUUUUCAACAUGAAGAAGGAGACAGUGGAAUUGGGGACCUGGAGAGAAAUCAGGACACAGCCCAUUUAGCUGGCAGGGGUUGGUGGGUCUGAAACUGGCAUUUCUGCAGAGAACUGAAUUUUCCCAAAUUCAUCUAAAAUGCCUACCGCCAUCCCAAACAGGCACACCACAAAUCUGAAUCUAAUUAAUAACUAUUCUUUGAAAACUAAUAUACUUCUUUAGAAAUAAUUUUCAUGUUUUGACAUAAUUUUACACCUACUGAGUAUAUCUGUUCAAUUUUUCAGCACAGAAUUCAUGCUACCCAGUAUUACACAGAAGUCAUUAAGUAUAAAUUCACCUUUAAAGUAACUUUUGGGUCUUAAAAAAAUGACUACAUGAUUAUCAAGAAAUUACUACUUUUAACAAAUGGAGUUUAAAUUUUUAUUGCCUACAAAAAUCCCUCCUAAAUAUAUAUUAUUGUUCUGGGGGAAAAAAAUGGAAGAAUCAGUGAAAUACAAAAUGAGAUGAAUCUGCAAACUGUAACUUCUGACAUGCCUCACAUAACUUUUAUGUAUGUUAGACAAAAUUGUGCAACAGUGAAAAGUCUUAAUAAUCUAUAAAAAUUAGGAUCUAAAUCCCUAUACAGUGUGACUCAGCAGAGCCUAGAAUUCUUGACUGAAAAUAUUCACUCCAAUUGUAUUUGUCUGCUAUAUCCUAGACAUGCUAAUGCCUAUGACUGUAAUUUAGCACUGGUUUUCAACUUCAACAGGCUGUAGUAACUAGAUAGCAUUUAUGUUUGUUCCUCAGACUUUUU